AAUUUGAUCAACAUAUGCCGACCCCCCCCAACACACACACCCCAAAAAAAAGAAAAGAAAAAGAAAAAACGUGUUGAUGUGUGUGCUCAAAAUCGGUAUCUUGUCAUGUAAUUUUCAAGAAGCAAAGCUUCUUUAUGUGUUGCAUAUUAAUGAGAAAUCCGGCUGUCUUAAACGCCGGGCCAAAAAAGACCGACCAGAAUAGCUGGAAAAAGGUCAUUCUGGGCAUUUUCAACUCAAAUGAUCUUGCAAACCUGAUAAAAGGACAUCGAAGAUGAAGUGCGUGGAGCGCAGGGGAGACGAUGUCAAAAAAAUGAAACACAUUUGGCCAAGUUCGACCAUUUGAUAGACAGAUAGAGAUACUGCAGAUCGAUUGAUUGAAAUUGAAUAUGCAGCGCUUUGAGUCAUGUUAUAGUUAUUAUAGUUAUAUCAACGUUCCGUGUGUGAACUGAUGUUUUUCUUUUUGUAAAUCCAUGACACUGUCCAUGGUUCUGUACAAAAUAGGUCAGGUGGUAAAGGAGCCUUGAUCCCUUUCCUUCUAUUUUUCUUGGAUCCAUGAUAUAUUGAUUGAUUGAUUGAUUUGAAUUUGAGUUGAUUGAGUUGUUGACAAGAAAUCGUUUGGUUGAAUGCUUGAAAUGUGUGACCAGUUUAAUGCUGAGCUAUUGUUUCACCUCGAUAGCAUUUGGCUGGUUUUAUCGAUACGAGGGGAAACUUCCAUCCUUCCAUAAGGUAUCGUUGACUACCAGUGUUGUUUGUGGUGCUAUGUGAGAGAGGAUUUACUGUAUGACGGUAAGACUUUAUAGAUGCAUGAGAUUUUUAGAUGUCUUUUAGUCGGUGUGAGCAUGUCUUGCCCGUUGCCGUGAGGUUUGCAGUGACAGGCAGUUUCUCGUUUACACUGACAAACUAUUGACACUGCAGAAAGGAGAGCAAAAGAAGAAAAAGAAAAACAUGUCCAACACAGACACGCUGCAGGAGCAGAGGAAAAACAAAAAGGAGAUGGAGUUUGAGCUGAAAUUGGCCAAGGAGAAAGAAGAGAUGUACGAACGAGAGAAGCAGUUGAAGAUCAAUAGGCUGGUUCAGGAGGUUUCAGAGACCGAGAGGGAAGACCGAGAGGAGUCUGAGAAAGUGCAGCACUGGGUUGAGUGUCUUUGUCAGACUCGCUUGGAGCAAAUAUCUUGUGUGGAGAACGAGUCACCAGAGCUGUCACCUCCCCUCUCACCUCCCUCGGAGCCCAAGGUGAAGCGUUUCCCUGGAGGCCUGCACCUUGCCACUACUGACCUGGAUGACAUUAACUUGGAUCAUGUGGAGCAGAGCCUGAAGGGGCCCCUUAAGAGACGAGCGCCCACCCCGCCAAUGAGUAGCCAGCCUCUCCCGCCGCCUUCACCCAAACCAAACCUUCUUCUAUCUCCACAGCGCCAGCCACCGUCUCCACCCAACGCCUCGCCUACCUUGACCGACAAGGGGCGCAGAGCUCAUCCGUCUCAAGCCCCUCAUCUACCUUCCUCCCGUUAUCCCCCUCCGUCUCAGUCUACCCGGCCGCCUUCAUCCGCUCAGCCCGUCCCGACACCUCCCCGACCGCCGCCCCCUCCUCCGGCUCCGCCCCCGCCCCCGCCCCCCCCACCGCCACAGCAGUCUGAAGAAAGAGUAGGUGCCCUCGGUGGAUACCGCCAGCAUCGUAACCUGGCUCACCCCUCCAGUCCACCUGAGCGCAGGAGUGAGUGGGAGGCGGGCGGAUACCUGCCGAGAGGGGGCAUCUACUCGUCCAACGCAAGUGAAAUGUCCUACCCAUCGAGUCCCAAGGUUCUGAGGAACACUUCGCAUGCCAGUUGCAUUUCCACUCCUCCCUUGCAACUGGCACCUAGUCCUCCGAACCAGCGGCGUCCGACGGCCCCCGUCAUGUCGAAGCCCGUCAUGCUGCCUCAGUCGCAGACCCAACGACCAGACCCACUCAGACCUGCUGUUCGUUCUGAUGGACUGCCUGCAGAAAUGUUAAAACGGAUGGUGCCUUUCAACUCUUCUUUUAAAUCGAACAACAAACCCCAAGUAAUCUACGCUUCAGUGAUAAACAACCUUCCAACUUCCUCUAUUGCUUCGAUCAGGGCAUUAAAGUCCAGUGUUGUAGAUUAUGAGUUUUCAGUUGUGUCUUGAUACCUAAAAUAGUUUGAAAUGUUACUGGCAUUACAUUUGCUUCCGUAUUAGUGGUUUCCCAUCCAAACAUUUCACUGGUCGAUAGAAUGCGACUUAACCCUUGCUGAGUUUACCAGACUGGUAGUCAUUAUGGUGGUCAUUUUAUUGACUUCUUUUCUUGUUUUUUUUCUUGUUUUUUUUUGUAACUUCAACUUCGGCUUCCCCCGCUACUUUUAAAAAAUAUAUAUAAAUAAAUAUAUAUAUAUAUAUAUAAUUUUUUUUUUGGGGGGGUCAAAUAGUGAGUGGUUGCAAUUACACGAGAUUGUCCACUCUCUCAGGGUCCCAACAACAAAGAAGAAUGGUUUUGUUUCUUAUGAUUGAAUUGGCACUUUUGAAGUCUAAUACCUUCUCAAGAGCAGCAAAAUUACCUGCACAUGAGUCAUGUGUAUGGUGGUGAUGAUGAUGAGUACGAGUAGCAGAAUGAAUCUCCUGUCCUAUCUCCGAGGGCUUUGUUCAACUCAACUCAAAUUAACCUGUGUUAUUCUUAUCGUCGCUAGAUCCGAUAAAAAAUAAAUAAAUAAAUACACGUCAAUUGCCUCUGCAUUUGUGACUCCAUGUUUGUCAAUUAUUGGGAACAGUGUCGUUCUGAACAUUCACACGCCGGUUGUCAAAGGAAAUGUCACCGCAAAACAUUCACGUUUGUGUCCUCUUUGUUCAUUCUUUGUCGGCAUACGGAGCGGCUAAAAUCUAACGCAUGUUGAUAUUU